AUGCAUCGGCCCCAUGAAAGGAGAGUCUCUGGGCCCAGGCGCACUCAUUCGGAAGAGUGGCUGAAAUGGGACCGGACGGGGCAGCUGCAACCGCCCAGCCCUGGCCUGACUCCGGGCCACGCUGGCAAGUGCUCAAGCUCGAGGCUUCCUGAAGCUGGUGCAGACCGAGGGCCUGGGAAGCCGCAGUGGUUUGUGAAGGGCAGCCAGUCUCCAGGCCGUGGUGGGUCAUGGACGUGGCCGUGGUUGGAGCUGAGGCCGCCGGGCUCGUGGAGGCAAAGCCGAAGACAGGAGUGGAUCCCGGUCACCAAGCUGGGAUGCCUGGUCAGGGAUAUGAAGAUCAUCCUGGAGGAGAUCUAUCUGUUCUCCCUGCCCAUCAAGGAGUCUAAGAUGAUCAACUUCUUGGGCGUGCCCCUUAAGGAUGAGGUUUUGAAGAUCAGGCCAGUGCAAAAGCAGACUCGCGCUGGUUAGUUGACCAGAUUCAAGGCUUUUGUCGCCAUUGGGGACUACAAUGGUCACGUCGGCCUGGGUGUCAAGUGCUCUAAGGCGGUAGCCACUGCCAUCCGAGGGGCCAUCAUCCUGGCCAAGCUCUCCAUUGUGCCUGUCUGGAGAGGCUACUGGGGGAACAAGGUCGGCAAGCCCCACACAGUCCCCUGUAAAGUGACAGGCCACUGUGGUUCUGUGCUGGUGCGCCUUAUCCCUGCCCCCAGGGGCACUGGCAUUGUCUCUGCCCCCGUGCCCAAGAAGCUGCUGAUGGCUGGUAUUGAUGACUGCUACACUUUAGCCAGGAGCUGCACUGCCACCCUGGGCAACGUUGCUAAGACCUACCUGACCCCUGACCUCUGGAAAGAGACUGUGUUCACCAAGUCUCCCUACCAGGAAUUCACUGACCGUCUUGUGAAAACCCACACCAGAGUCUCAAUGCAGAGGACCCAGGCUCCAGCUGUGGCUACCACAUAG